AUGGACUACAGCUACAACUACACCUCCUACAACGACAACUACUACUCCUUCUACAAAAACUACGACUACACCUCCUACAGCUACACCUCCAACUACAACCACACCAACACCUCCGACUACCACAACUGCACCUCCAACUACAACAACUACAACCACACCUCCGACUACAGCAACCACUCCUUCUACUACAACUACACCCACACCUCCGACUACCACAAGUAUAACCACAAUCUCAUCGACUACUGCAUUCCAGGUACCACAUGUGCGUGGUCAGGCUGGGCAGAAGACCAGACCAGACCACCAAGAAAGUGCUUUGACUAUGAGAUCAGGUACUACGACUACAUCGACACCUCUGAUUACUACAACCACACCAACACCUUCGACUACCACUACUACAACCUCUCCUCCUACAACUACAACUACUCCUCCUACUACAAUUACACCCACACCACCAACUACAACAACUACUCCGCCUACUACAACUACAACCACACCUCCGACUACCACAACUACCCCUCCAACUACAACCACACCAACACCUCAGACUACAGCUACAACUACACCUCCUACAACGACAACUACUACUCCUACUACAACAACUACGACUACACCUCCUACAAGUACAACUACUCCUCCUACUACAACUACACCCACACCACCAACUACCACAACUACACCGCCUACUACAACUACAACCACACCUCCGACUACUACAGCUACACCUCCAACUACAACCACACCAACACCUCCGACUACCACAACUGCACCUCCAACUACAAAAACUACAACCACACCUCCGACUACAGCAACCACUCCUUCUACUACAACUACACCCACACCUCCGACUACCACAACUACCCCUCCAACUACAACCACACCAACACCUCAGACUACAGCUACAACUACACCUCCUACAACGACAACUACUACUCCUACUACAACAACUACGACUACACCUCCUACAAGUACAUCUACUCCUCCUACUACAACUACACCCACACCACCACUACCACAACUACACCUCCAACUACAACCACACCAACACCUCCGACUACCACAACUGCACCUCCAACUACAACAACUACAACCACACCUCCGACUACAGCAACCACUCCUUCUACUAAACUACACCCACACCUCCGACUACCACAAGUAUAA